AUGCCGGGUCGUGAGAAAAUUGAAAUGGCCCCUAGAGCCAUGUCCAAGAUUGAAAACCUCAACGCCAUCGUACCCCGGACAGUGAAGUUGAAACCCAAAGGGAGGAUAACUCCGGACAUCCGUGUUCAUUCAGUGAUGAAUGCGGACUAUAGCUCAAUUUACAAGGAGAAUGUCAUCCUGGAGGAGAAUCUGGAAGAUCGUUUGUCCUACAUCAAAAAGAAUGAACGCAGAGCUUUGGAAGAAAAGGGGGAAGAACUGGAUGAAAUGCGCAGACAAAUGGACGUAAUUUCUAAACUGCAGGAAGCGGUCAACUCCCGUAACCCAGCAGACUCGCUGGAUGUGCUUUCCGCCAAUAAAGCGGUUCGGUGGUUAAAUGACAACAAAAAGAGCAGAGCUCAGCUAAAAAUUGAGGCAGAGAGGGAGAAAUUCAGCUCCAGAAAUCUGUUCAAUGUUCGUAGAUUUCACACGGGAUUUGAUUUUCUUCACAGAAGAAAACUUGUUCCGCCGUCAGCAAUGCAGGUAGCUUCAGACAACAAAGAUGAAGGCAAUGUUGAUGAUCUCUUAAAAACCGAAUCUCCUAAACCAGAACGACCUCCACAGACUAAAGGAUAUCUGAAACAGACUUUUUCCUCCACGUCAGGAUUACGACCUAUGACAGCAACUAUUACAUAUCAGCGGGAGCAGAAAGAAGACGAUAUCCUUCCCCUUCGUUCCAAAAGCGCCGUGCUGAGAUCACGAUCAAGGCGUCAGUUAGAACUUCUUGUGUCGAGUGACUCCCAAAGAGGAUGA